GAUAGCUAUGUUUUCACUUUUUUGUGUUCAUGUCAGAUCUUUGCCCCUGCUCCUUCCAGCUGUAGAGGAUGGUAUUUUCAGUGAUAGCUGGCGUAUCCGACAAAGUUCUGUAGAAUUGUUGGGUGAUCUCUUGUUCAAGGUUGCUGGAACCUCUGGAAAAGCACUUCUUGAGGGUGGUAGUGAUGAUGAAGGAGCAAGUACUGAGGCACAAGGGCGUGCUAUUAUUGAGGUUCUCAGAAGAGAAAAGCGUAAUGACGUUCUUGCUGCAUUAUACAUGCUUCGAACUGAUGUGAGCUUAACAGUGCGCCAGGCUGCAUUACAUGUGUGGAAGACCAUAGUUGCAAAUACUCCCAAGACUCUGAAGGAAAUAAUGCCAGUUUUGAUGAAUACUUUAAUUACUUCUCUUGCAUCAUCAUCCUCUGAAAGGAGACAGGUUGCUGGACGAUCACUUGGUGAGCUUGUUAGAAAGCUUGGGGAAAGAGUUCUACCUUUAAUCAUUCCAAUUUUAUCACGAGGGCUAAAAGACCCUAAUGCUAGCAGAAGACAAGUGAGGCUUUAUAUGAUGGGUGCAAAUAAAAGUCCAUGCUCGUCCGUAUCAUCCUCAUCAGAGAAGCUGGCAGCUCCAGAGCCUGCCCAGUGUACUCUAUGGAAGCUUGCAAAAGUGUUGAGAAAUUUAAGGCAAGUCAGUUGCGAGGGAUCAGAUUCAGAGCGACUGGAAGUAGCUGAGGCCGCUGAGUCAGGCCAAUCCGAAACUGAGGUUGACGAGGCCGUCAGGAGGAUAGUCGACAUGGGCCGUCACUAUCACGAUGCCAUCGAGCUAAUUGGCCGUUUACAAACCAAGGUUGAGGGCCAAAGGAGUAGGGCACAGACGGAAGGCGCCCGUGCCGAGGCCGAGAUGGAGAGAGCCCGUAGUGCUGAAGAAUUGAGAUCAGUCACCGAGAAGAGGGCGAAUGCGAGCGAUGACGCGCUUAAGUUGGCCCAGGAGGCGAUCUCUAAAUUGGAGGCUGGGUUGGAAGAGAUGAAGGCGGCGAAGAAAACAACUGACCUGAAGGCUGCCAGCGCAUUCAAUGUUGAUAAUUAG